AUGAAUACGAUACUUCGCGAUGCUUUUCAAGUGCUAACCAGUGAAGCGAAAGAUUUGUUUCUCCCUGCCAGCAUACCGGAAACUUUCGGUAUUCCAACAUCGUUGGAGUUUGUACGAGACUAUGUUGCCAAGAAUAUACCGCUUGUGAUGCGUGAGUCCAUCACCGAUUGGCCAGCGCUAGAGAAAUGGAAUUCCAAGUUCUUCCGAGAAACUAUUCCGGACAAGGAAGUAACAGUAGCAGUAACCCCCAACGGCUAUGCGGAUGGGUUGGCCUUGCACGAAUCGGAAGAACACUUUGUACUCCCAAUGGAGCAAACGAUGCGCAUGGCCGAUUUUCUGUCAGCGCUAGAUCGAAAGGACUCGGACAGUGUAUUUUACAUACAACGACAAAAUUCCAAUUUAACGGAGGACUUUGGCGAACUGUGGAACGAUGUCUGUGAGGCGAGUCUGGAAUUUGCUUCUGAGGCGUUUAACAAAAGUCCUGAUGCGGUCAACUUCUGGAUGGGAGAUGAAAGGGCCAUCACAUCCAUGCAUAAAGAUCCCUACGAAAACAUCUAUUGCGUAAUAUCGGGGUACAAGGACUUUAUCUUGAUUCCGCCGAUCGAUUUACACAACGUUCCUAGAAAGCGAUACCCGAUGGGUAUUUAUAUGCAAGAGGAUGACAAUAAUCUCGUGGUGGAGCAAAUACUGGAUGAAAUCGGUAAACCGCGUCUUAUUGAAUGGGUUAGCGUAGAUCCUCUGGCACCGGACCUGGAACGCUUCCCGUCGUUCGCGAACGCAACAACGUACGAAAUCCGACUCAACGCCGGUGAUAUGUUGUACUUGCCAAGCCUGUGGUAUCAUCACGUGCGCCAAAGUCACAAAUGCAUUGCCGUCAACUUUUGGUACGACAUGGAGUACGAUGCCCGUUACUGUUUUUAUAAAAUGGUGGAGAAGCUGUGCAACUAUGGCCAAUGACGGGCGAAAACUUGUUGAGUCUGUGAAUGUUAUUUUGUCUUUCUGUGUUAUUAAGCAAAUGACUAGAGCCUUCUGUUCGUUCAAUAAUUGUAACUAGCUUUCAUGUGCCAAUGCGUAAACACGGUUACUUUUGUCCGAAAAAUUGUAUA